AUGGUGUCUCAUCCGCUUAUUCGGGCCUCAUCAAAGCAUGCCGAGCAUAACCCAUCAGCAAAAUACAACGCGGACGAAGAAAAGCGACUGGCGGAUAAGUUCGCAGCACACAGACAUCUAGUCCCACUAGUCUCUCAAAACGACGACGUCAUAUUCCUCAACGCGGCCUCCGCGCCGCCCUCGAACUUAAUCGUCCACGAGGCCAUCACGCGGUACUCGGCGCAGGCCUUAUACGAGACGUACCCAUACAACAGCUGGCGGGAGACGCGCGAAGAAGCGCGCAGCCUAGUCGCCCGGUGCAUCAACGCCCACGACCCGUCCGCCAUCGCCUUCACGCGCGACACCACCGAGGCCCUCGGCAGCUUCAUCCGCUGCGUGCGCUUCCAGCCCGGCGACAACGUCGUCACCGUCGAUUCCGAACACCCGAACCAGACGCUGUGCUGGCUCGCCCUGCGCGACUUCGGCCUCGAGGUCCGCCAGGUCCCCACUAUUCCCGAGGCCGGGCGCACGGGCCGCGUCGAUGUCGUCGAUGCCGAGACCCUGCGGCCGUAUGUGGAUUCCCGGACCCGCGCUAUUGGUGUUAGUUCGAUUACGUUUGAUGGCGGGCAGCACAACGACGUCAAGAGCAUCUGCGCCGCGUACAGGCCCCGGGGGAUCCAUGUUUUGGCAGAUGUGACGCAGCACGUGGGAUUUUCGCCUAUCGACGUCCGGGACUUGGGGGUGUCGGCUGCGGCGUUUAGUAUGCAUAAGGGGCUCAAUGCGCCGACGGGGAUCGGCGCUUUGUACGUGUCGCCCGAGGCUUUCCGGGAGCUAGGCGACCCGACGCCGCCGAUUGUUAGUAUGGAGGCUGUGAGGAAUCUCGACGAGAGUCUGGUUGUCAAGGUGGAUGAGCCGUUGGAGUUGCAUCCGAAUGCGCGCCGGUUCGAACAUGCUAAUAUGAGCAUGGUGGGCGUGGCGGCGGCGGCGGCGUUUACGCGGUUUUACCUGGAUGUUUUGGGGGCGGCGGAUGUCGAGGCGUAUUUGUUUGGGCUGACGGAUGCGUUGGAGAGGGAGUGUGAUCGGUUGGGUAUACGCGUGGUGAGUCCGAGGGAAAGGGGGAGACGCGCGCCGCAUAUUACUAUUUUGGCGCUGCCGAAGGAGUGGGGGGCGUAUUUUAGUGGUCCGGGGCGUGCGCGCGUUACGAUGAAUAGGUUGGGUGUGAGGGUGUCGUUUGGGUUUUAUAGCUCGGUGGAGGAUGUGAGGAGGUUUGUGAGGGUGUUGGAGUUGGGAAUGGCUCAGGGGCUGCGGGUGUGA